AUGACGACGCGCGACCGCGGCGGCGGCGGCGCCGUCGGGCCGCCACCCUCGGCGUGGCGCACCUACGGACUCCCGAUCGUCACCUCCGGGGCGUCCGUCUCGUGCGCGACCGCGUGCACGAACCCGCUGGACGUCGUGAAGGUGCGCAUGCAGGUGCUCCAUCCGACGACGCCGGUCGGCAUGCGCGCCGCGUUCGCGAACGUGGUGACGCGCGAGGGGCCGCUCGCGCUGUGGAAAGGCAUCGGCCCGAGCCUCGUCAGGGCGUCGUGCUACGGCGGCCUCCGGCUGGGGUUGUAUCAGCCCACGCGUCUGAUGGCGGACGCGAGGGCGGGGAGCGCGGCGGGGAUUCGCGCGGCCGCCGCCGCCGCCGCCACGCACCCGGCCUCGCCCUCCUUCUCUCGCCUCUCGCCCGCACCGCCCGCACCGCCGCGCGGCACGGUGGCUAUCGUAUCGCAUAUUAUUAAAACGGACGGCGUCCGGGGGUUAUGGAAAGGCAGCGCCGCGAGCGUGUCCAGAAGCGCGGUGCUCACCGCGUCGCAGUGCGCGACGUACGACGAGGUGAAACGAGCCAUCAUCCGCGCGAGCGACGGCGCGAUGACCGACGGCCCGGCGACGCACCUCGCGGCGAGCAUGCUCACGGGUCUGGUGACGACGACGGCGACGAACCCGAUCGACAUGAUCAAGACGCAGCUGUACUUGGACGCGUGCAAGACGCACGGGGGCGGCGGCGGCGGCGGCGGCGGGGGAGGCGGCGGCGGCGUCGGCGCGGUGGCGGCGUGUAGGAUGAUUCUUCGGCGGGAGGGCCCGCGCGGGCUCAUGCGCGGAUGGACCGCGAAUUAUGUUCGGUUGGGGCCGCAGACGGUGAUCACGUUCGUCGCGCUGGAGAAGUUCAGAGCGCUCGCGGGCAUGAACGCGCUGUGA